UGAAACCAGGAAGUAUUUUGAAUAAUCCUUCGUGUUUGUUGUCAACUUGUCUCGUAGAUUUUAUAACCGUGAAACAAAACAAAGGAAACCUUCAAUAUGGCUGAUGAGGUUUCGAACUUUACAGGGGACUGGACUCAAACUAAAGAUGCAGUAGCCAACUUUAGACAACUGCUACUUUGCUCGAAAUGCUCCAGGUUGGUGACAGAGCCGGUGUGCCUCGGAGUGUGUGAGCACAUGCUUUGCAGAUCCUGUGCUGGCCCUCGGGCAGGUGAUGGUUGUGUGGUGUGUCAGAGUCCUGCCUGGGUGAAGGACCUGCAGAUCAACAGACAUCUUAGCAACAUCACACAGCUCUUCUGCAGCUUAGAGUCCCUGCUCAGCCCGACAGUUACCACAGAGCAAGCCCCUUCUCCUUUACAAGCAAAUCCCGGGUACGAAAAAAUCCUGAAGCACCAGCAGAACUUUAAGAUCUGGUUCAGUCCUCGGAGCCGCAAGGUCCGCUGCAGGGUGCAGAAGCCCUCCCCCGAUGACGGCCCGCCAAGCAAGGCACCCAGCCCAGAGACCACCCCUCAAAACCCUGACACCAGCAGGGUGGAAUCCACGGACCUCUCCAUCUUCGACUUCAUCUCCUCUCAAGACUCGGGCUCUGGCUCCUCUUGCCCACAAACCCGGGACGAUGCGAGGAAAACCAGGAAGCGGCCAACUAAAAGUGGCCCACACAGGAAGCGGGCGGUGGCGACCGUGCGACUGACGCGCAAGCAGAGCAAAGGGAAACUGAAGGUGCAGAGACUGGAGACCAUCAACCAGCAGUGGGAAAUUGGUACAGAGGUAGGACUGUCGGCACAUGCCGGCAGACCUGAGCGGAAUCCUAGGCGGUCCAUUAAAAGAGUGUCCUUCCUGAGCCCGGCCGGGUCUCAAACUCCCGGUAAAGCAGUGCCCCAACUAGAGAACCCCGUCUUGGUGAGCGGGAGCAUUGAGGGCGUCACACAGGGCCGCAGUGAAGCUGCAGGGAUCCCUCCUGUUCUGGCCCAAGUCCCAAUCCAGCCGUCAUAUAGCACACUGCCCGAGCCCACGGAGCCUACCAGACAGGACAGUGUCCCUUCCCCUCAGAUUACACCGAAGAGACCCAGAUCUGAGGCAUGCGACCCCCCAGAGGGCACCCCGAAGAGACCCCGGAUCUCGCCCGGCCCUCGCAGCAAGAGGCUGACCGGGGGUUGUGGAAAUCCAGCCCUCCUUACUACCCCUCCAUCGCUGGGGAGGUUAAUGUUUGGGAAGAGCCCCCACAGAUCCAGGGAAGGGCAGGGAGAGAGUCCAGGCUCCAUCGGGAGGAGGUCUCCCGCCCGCACACCGGUCGGCAGCCACUCCCUCCAGGCCAGUCCCACGGUCAUGAAGAGGAACCACAAGGGGGAGACUCCCUUGCAUCUAGCAGCUAUAAAGGGAGAUGUAGAGGCUGCCAAAGAGCUACUUGACCAAGGGGCAGACCCGAACCUGAAAGAUCAUGCUGGUUGGACCCCUCUGCACGAGGCGUGCAACCUGGGCCACCUGUCGCUGGUGGAGGUGCUGCUGGCCCGCGGGGCUCUGCUCAACACGCCGGGCUACGAGAACGACUCGCCGCUGCAUGACGCCACCAGGAACGGACACCCGGCCGUCGCCAGGCUGCUGCUGCAGCACGGCGCCUCGCAGAGCGUGCUUAAUCUUUAUGGGAAGCGGCCGGCGGACUACGCCUUGAGCCUUGAGAUGCGCGAGGUAUUCAGGUCCAGCCCUGUCACCCCCCAGCCCAGCGACCGCUUGCUGGUCGGCUCUCCCUCCAACCUGGCUAUGAUCAAUUCCAAUGGGAAACGGGACGAGCAGAUGAUUGUGUUGGACAGUAAGCUUUCCAAAACCCAGCAGAAGCAGCUGGCCAAACUGGCCCAGCUGCUGGGAAUGAAACGAGUUGAAACCUUUUCAGGCUCAGUGAGCCAUGUGGUGGUCCCAGAUGGUCCUGCACCCACCACCCUCUCCAGUCUCCAGGGAGUUCUUGCUGGCUGUUGGGUUCUAGGAUACAGCUGGGUGAGGGAGUGCCUGCGGGCGGGGGAGUGGCUUCCGGAGCUGGAAUACGAGGCCGGAGGCGGGCCCAGACGGGGUCGCAUCAACAAGUAUAACCUGCUCCCGCCGCUCUUCGACGGCUGCUUCUUCUUCCUGCUGGGCUCCUUCGGCGCCCCGCCCAAGCAGGAGCUGCUGCGGCUGCUUCGGGACGCCGGGGGCCAGCUGCUGAGCCGCCAGCCCAAGCCCGACAGCGACGUCACGCAGACGGUGAGCGAGGCGGCCUACCACGCCGCGCCGGGCUCGGACCAGGCGCUGUGCACCCAGUACAUCCUGUAUGACCCGCGCGCCUCGCCGCACAACACCGCCGCCACCACGGUGCGGCACCGGGGCAAGGUGUGGACGACACCCGCAUCCUGGGUGGUGGACUGCAUCGCCGCGUUCCGCCUCCUCCCCGUGCCCGAGGCUUAACACUGGGAUGGUCAGACUGACUCACUGCCUGCUCCCCGUGCCCGAGUCGUAACACGGGGAUGGUCACUGACUCUCACUGCCUCCUCCCCUAACACGAGUCGUAACACGGGGAUGGUCUGACUGACUCUCACUGCCUCCUCCCCGUGCCAGAGUCGUAACACGGGGAUGGUCACUGACUCUCACUGCCUCCUCCCCUAACACGAGUCGUAACACGGGGAUGGUCAGACUGACUCUCACUGCCUCCUUCUCCGUGCCCGAGUUGUAACACGGGGAUGGUCAGACUGACUCUCACUGCCUACUUCUCGGUGCCAGAGUCUUAACAUAGAGAUAUGGAGACUGACUCUGCACUGUCUUUCUUCUUUUGCAAGCGUUUCUUUGAACCGUCUGUUGAUUGUGGGUUUGACUGCGAGAUACUAGAGAUACGUAAGGAGUGGACGAUGUUGCACUGUCAAGCCUCAGCUGUGGAUGUGGUUUGUUGGCCAGACACAGUGGAGGUCUGCUAUGUCUUCUGACUGUUGACAGACCUAAUGCUCCACUACAUAGAAAUAUGAAUUUCUAUGUAGUGGAGUGAACAACAUAUUCCUGUCUACCGUCUAUAUGUGGUCAGCAGAAACGUUGAGUAAGGUUGUAUUUGUUUCAUGAUGUCCAUGCAUGUUUCAGAAGAGGAAUGGUGCUCAAUACACUUUGAACAAAUUAUGUGUGAAGAGAUAUACUAUUAAUUCAAAAUGAAACAUAAAUCAUCGUAAUCCUCUUAAAAUGUCGUGCAUUACUUUUGGCUCUCGCACACACCAGUGGAUGCCAGAGUAAAAAAGCUUUUAUAACAGUGGCUCACCAGAAAGGGUUAACUCUCCCAUUCAUUAUUCUUGUCCAAACCCUCAAACAUAUUGAUUGCCACGCAGAGUGGGAAUACAUACCGCAUUUAUUGUUCUGUUUUGCUCCUUUGCCAAUAGCGCUUGAAAGGCAACCAAACUUUAUUUGACUCUGUGUGUCUGUGUCUGAGGGGUCCCUGUGCACUCCCAAGGUCUUCUACUGGCGAUCUUCCAAAAAGCCAUUUUCAAUGGUAUUAGCCUGGGAUGCGCCUAAUUGCUAUUGAUUGCGGCAUGCUGCAUUAAAUUGCUUCCCCCUUUUCCCGUCCAUGAUCGGGGGGUUGCGUGGGUUCGUGCGGGUGGGGGGAAAUUAGUGGUGCGGACAGGACAGAAGCCUCAGCUGACUGGUAAUGAAAUGGAAUGAGGAAAUGAACUGGUGAGUAAUGGCCUCUGACUCACUCGCACUACACCAAAAAACACAGGAUUAGACACUGCUCCUCUUUUUCAUUCUUUUGUCUUUUUCUAUAUCUCUUACUCUCUCCUCCCUCUCUUACUCUCACACUUCUUAGUUGAUGGUGAAAUACUUAUUUUAAAUCUAUUAGGAUAAGUUUAAUCUACUGUACCAUCUUAAUUAUCUAAAAUACAAGGAUCAAGGUAAAAUUAGCAGUGUUUCAAUAAAGUUCUGUUUAAAAUCUC